CCGCGCUGCGGCUGGUCACGUGGCAGCGGGGGCGAGGCCGCAGGUCACGUGGCGUGGCGGGGCGGGGCGGCGCUGAGGGCCGGAGGUCAUGGCGGAGCCGGGGGCGGCUGCCGUGGGCCUGGGGCCAGCGGAGUCUGCCGGGGGCGCCGACGGUGCGGGCGCCGACCCGUUGCUCCCGCAGCAAGAGAACGGCGUGGAUGGCAGAGCGAUCCGCGUGGGCACCCGCCGGAGCCAGCUGGCCCGGAUUCAGACCGAUAGUGUAGUUACGAUGCUCCGUGAGCUCUACCCAGACCUCCACUUUGAGAUUGUGGCCAUGUCAACAACUGGGGACAAGAUCUUGGAUACAGCACUUUCCAAGAUUGGAGAGAAGAGCCUCUUCACCAAGGAGUUGGAAAAUGCACUUGAAAGAAAUGAGGUUGACCUUGUAGUUCACUCUCUGAAGGACUUGCCAACUUCUCUUCCUCCUGGCUUUACGAUUGGCGCUGUCUGCAAUGAUGAUGAAGUAUUUUGGAGCCAGAGAAGGGAAAACCCGCUUGACGCUGUUGUCUUUCAUCCCAAAAACUGCGGAAAAACACUGAGCCUCCUUCCUGAAAAGAGUGUGAUUGGAACCAGUUCACUUCGGAGAGCAGCUCAGCUCAAGAAGAAGUUCCCUCAUUUAGAAUUCAGGGAUAUUAGAGGAAACUUAAAUACCCGUUUAAAGAAGCUAGAUGAGAAGGAAGACUUCAGUGCCAUCAUCCUGGCUGCUGCUGGGCUGAAGAGAAUGGGCUGGGAAAAUCGCAUUGGCCAGCUCCUAGGCCCUGAGGAUUGUCUGUAUGCUGUUGGACAGGGUGCCUUAGCAGUGGAAGUUCGUGCCAAAGACCAAGAGAUACUGAACAUGGUAUCUGCCCUGCAUGAUGCAGACACUGUGUUGUGCUGCAUUGCUGAGAGAGCCUUUAUGAAGCGUUUGGAGGGUGGAUGUAGCGUCCCUGUUGCUGUCAACACCCUGCUGAAGGAUGGCCAGUUGUAUUUGACAGGAGCAGUCUACAGCUUGGAUGGAUCUGAUAGCCUGAAGGAGACCAUGCAGACUGGUGUUAGUUAUCCCCAUCAGAAUGAAGAUGGACCGAAUGAUGACGUGCAGCAUGUUGGCAUCACAGCCAAGAACAUUCCUGGUCAGGCCCAGGAAGCUGCAGAGAACCUGGGUGUUGAACUAGCUAGUUUACUUCUGAGCAAGGGAGCAAAGCAUAUCCUUAGCGUGGCAAGGCAGCUCAAUGAUGCCCGCUGAACCUGGGGUGUGGCCAACAGGAGUGCUACAACUCUAGCUAUAAGUCUGUGCAGCUACAUCAUGAUCCUCUGGAGGGAUUUAUUUCAACAUUCACACCAGUCUUACCUGAUGUUUGGGUGCAAAAAACCUGAAAUAUGAAGUUAACUUGAGUAGUUUCUGCUCUUCAGAGUUUUCACUCCUCUCCACAUUUCUCUAAAUUGUUAAGGGUCUCUAUGAAGUAUUGUCAACAAUUUUUGUAGCUAGCGAGCUAAAAGAAAAAAUUAAAAAUAAAAUAAAAGCC